CCUCAUCAAAGCGGCCUCUUCCCGUUAACAUCAAGGAGAAGAGUUCAGAUCUCAUCGGAGAAGCCAACAACUUCCCUCAUUCUUCUCCUUCCUCAGCAGCGACAGGGGAGAUCCGGAGAUGGUGGGUGAUGAGAAGGGAAGGUGCGUGAAGUGCAGGGAGUGGCAGGAGCACUACUUCUGGGAGCACAUGGAUUUGAGCAACAUCAGGUUCUUCAAGCUCAUGACUGGUGAUUUUCAGCAUCGCGUUAGCAUUCCAGAGAAGGUUGCCAACAAUUUCACCAGGCUUAUGGCCAAGGAAGGAUUCACCCUCAAAUCACCUAGCGGCGAGACAUGGUGCGUCGCCGCCGAAAAGAUUGCCGAUGAGCUGUUCUUUGUGUCAGGAUGGGAAGAAUUUGUCAAGGAUCAUGAACUGCAGGAGAAUGACCUCCUGCUCUUCGAAUGCAGUGGCAUUGGCUGCUUUGAUGUACGCAUCUUUGACUCGAGCGGCUCUGAGAAAGCGUCCUGUUUCUUCACCGAUAAAAAGGGCACCAACAUGCACAGACACUUUGACAACAUUAUGGGUCAGCAAGCUGAAGGACACUGUCUUUUGAGUGAUUCCAACAAUGCCAUUGUGCCGCUGUCGCAGCCGGUUGGGUCUCCUCACAAGGCCUCUACAUCAAAGAAACCGAUAAAAGAAGCUGAAUCUCCAAACAACAGCAACUAUCAAGAUAAGUGUGUGGUGGACGAUGAAGAAGAGGAAAGUGACAAUGAACACACUUACUCCAACUACUCCUACUCAAGGCUUGCAAGUCACCUAACUGCGGACGAACGAGAGCAAAUAUUUGGGUUGGCAUCAAUUCAACCACGCAAUCCUGUUUUUGUGGUGGUCCUGCAGAAGUCCCAUGUUCGUGGGGCGAAAAACAUCCUGAUUAUCCCCAGCAAGUUUGCAGCUGAACAUCUUGAGGGAAAAUCACACGAGGUGCUGCUUUUGAGGCCAAACAGCAAAGAGCAGUGGCAUGUCAAGUACUACCACGCAAGCCUCACCCGAGGCUUCAACGGCGGACGCUGGGUCAAGUUUGUCCGCGACAACAGUCUGUGCGAGGGCUAUGUCUGCAUCUUCGAGCUGAUGAGAGGCGCCAGGAAGGUGACGAUGACAGUUCAUGUCGUUCGGAAGGUCGAUGACCAGUUUGUUCUGCUGGGUUAGGUUCCGCAGUCAUGUGUUAGACUUAUGAGUAGGUGUUUUCUCUGCAGUUAUAAAUUGUGUCGCUAAGAACUGGACUAUAGUCUAGAAGUAGCUUGUUGUGCAGUG